GCCUCACACCUUGUAUAAGCUUUAGGACAGUGAGUAUACUUAAAGAAGUCUUUCUUCUUGUCCUUGAAAUCAAUGAACAGAUUCCAUUCCAUUUGGGCUUUAGCUUUCUUAACUUCAUCCUUGGAUGCUUGAACAAUGUUUCAGUAUCCUUACCAGGCUAUCCAUCCUUGCUUACACUCUCCCUAUACUUCCCUUUUGCAUUACAGUUUGGUCAGAAGCUACUUGUUCAUCCUUGCAGGCCUCCCUGGUGUUUUUGUCUUUCUAUUUGUCUUAAUGGACCGCACUGAAGUUUGAACUGCCAUGAUUUAGAACUUUCCAAAGACACAGAUUAGGAGGAAAUUAAGCUUCUGAUAGGGUUUGUGUUCUCUUACAACAUUAAGGGAGAUGAGUUAAAGACUAGCUUAACUAGCUUAACCAUUAAAUAUUGCUGUACUGGCAACAUCACAAAUAGACACUGUGUUCACUGUGACUUACAGUUCCUUCCCUUUGCAGAUAUUUUAAGUUAAUCCUGGUAGGUAUCUGGGCCUCACAGAGCUGCCACACUCCCUCAGUGGAAUGGGGAAGAUAAUUAAAGAAUCAUAGAAUAAAAGGUUGAAAGGGAUCUUAAAGACCAUCUCGUCCCAACCCCCUGCCAUGGGCUGGUUGCAAUGCACCAGCUCAGGCUGCUAAGGGCCCUAUCCAAACUGGCCUUGAAUACCUCCAGGGAUGGGGCACCCACAGCUUCUCUGGGAAGCUGUGCCAGUGCCUCAUUGCCCUGUGAGUAAACAAUUUCUGCCUAUCUACAAACCUAAUUUCUCCUCUUUUAGUUUAAAGCCUUUUCCCCCCUGUCCUCUCACUGUGUAAAAAGUUGGUCUCCUUCCAGUUUCUAAGCUCCCUCAAAUACUGAAAGAAAGCAAUGAGGUCUCCCCAAAGCCUUCUCUGAGCUAAACAAGCCCAACUCCCUCAACCUUUCUUCAUAAGAAAGGUGCUCCAGCCCACUGUUCAUCCCCAUGGUCCUCCUCUGGACCCAAGGAGAUGAGUGAGACAGACAGUUUGAUAAAUAAGGCAAAAACUAUGCAGCAUUAUGUGAGACAUUGGUAUGUUAUCAACUGGUUUGGUCACGAACCUAAAUGUAGUACCAUACAAGCUACUUUGAAUAAAAUUAACUCUAUAUCCACCAAAACUGGUACAAGAAAUCAAUUUUGCUCCAAGUUUGACCAGUGUCUUAGCUGAACUGUAAGAGUUGGAUCUAUAAUGUCUCUAUAAUCUCUAAAGAGGAUUGAGUCCAAACUACAAAUACUGCUUAUAUUUUAAUUCUUUUAAAUCAUUCAGAUAAGAUUUUUCAAUAUACUUCUCUUCAGCAAAAGGUGGACAAUGCUUUAGUCCUUUUUCAGGUUAGAAACCACACACAAAAAUAGACAUGCCUAUGAAUUUCUCUUCUUGCACUUACCAUAGUAUCUACUAGUCAUGAUCACACUUAGUGCUUCUCUGAUGUCUUCAACAAUUAAUAAGAUAAUAAUUAAUAGCACAUAAUUAUUUUGUAGAAUUUAGCAACUGAGAGGAUCUGAAUAAGAUUUCUAUAAAAAGUUCUUGAGCAUUGGAAUCUCACAGAUCAUCAUUGCAUGCAUGUGGUAUAUUGGUACUGGUAUAGCCCUUUUUUGUUUUAGAAUUACAUACUUAGGAAAGCAGAGUGCUAGAAAUGAGCUGGUGGAAAUCUGAAUUGCAACAAUGAGAGAAGACCGUGCGCCGUGUGAUAGGUGGUUACUGUCUUCAAAAGUUCAUUCAGUCUCCUCUCAGAAUAAAACAGUGAAAACAAAUAAUUGUUUUAGUUAGGCAUGAAGAAUUUAAAAGGACAUUGAACUGAUUCCAGAGGGUUGUGUUCAGUAUUUACAGCUGAUGGUUCCCAACCCCAUUCAUUAGAUUCUCAUUAACUUUUAUUCAGGACUAGUAAUGAGCCAUUACAGCCCAAACAGACUUGUUUCAACUAAAUAAAAAUGAAUAUGUGUGGUGCAGGAAACAGAUAGAGUGUUCCAAAUAAAAAAGAGCGCAGUUAAACUACAUUCAGUACCUACUGCGGGAAUGAUACUCCAGAAUAUGGAAAACUGUCUUUAAAGUAUGAGUAAUCUCUGAUGUUAUGAAAUGGCAUGGCUUUUGUUUUCUUUUUUCCAAGACUGUCUUCAAUUUGUAAAUCUGAGUUUGGUGAACUCGAAUGACUUGACCCAGUUCAUGAUGUUACAGAAAUACAAACAAACGACCACACGGUUUCCAUAGCCUGACUACUACUGACGUGGCAGUACAGUGCAUUGCACAUCUGGAAAUAACGAAACAGUACAACCAAAGGCAUUUUUCUUUCCACUUGGAAAGGCCUUAAGUGGACAGUAAAAAAUCCUCUAAACUACUUAGAUUACUUGUUUUUCUCUGUCUUACUUUUCUUUGUUAACUGCAAAUUCUGGUAUUGAUUUAAAACUUUAUAAUCAGCUGUGUUUCUUUUAUUUUAUUGGUGUCUGUUACAGAACCUAUUUAUGGAAAAAAAAUACACUUAACCUCUCUAUACACUGUAGUUUUGCUUUGCUACAAAAUAUACAGUGUAUUUAUGUACAGUACUCCAAGCGGUGAGUCAGAAAGUCAGAUGCAGAGCUUAACUAUUUAGCUGGUUGCAUGCAAAAAAAAAAAAAUUUCCAAGUUAUUUAAGGAUCUCUAAUGUAAUACACAAUUAAUAUGCAAUAUUUUACACAACUAUCUCAAGAACUCUUACUUGAACUCUCUUAUGUUGGAUGUUCUGCAAAUGUUGGCAGCAUGAUCCUUGACACUGCUGCUUGUUUUGAGUGUCCAAGACCUCUAUUCUUUUAAUGGAAGUUGUAAAUUCCUAUUAAAUAUAGUUAAUCAUGUAAAUGCUCAAUUCUGUAACCUCAGCUUCAUAUGGGAACUCUCUUCAGUGGCUGUCUGGUGUAGAGCUGGUUAGUUUUUCUACUUAAGUGAAAGUGUACGAAUGAAGCUCACAGCUAGCCUAAUGCAGAUGGGCUCUCAUUCUCCUCAGCCAAAGCUGGUAGGUGAUCCAGUAAAAUAGAGACAGUCCUGACUCAUCUCAAUCUUCUGAGAAAACUGUGAUCCUGCUUUGUACAAGUCGUUCAGAAAUACCAGUCCCAGCAGGUAGUCAGCCUUUAUCUUCAACAGAAAUCUGUAACAAGUUCUAGUAGCUGUGGUGAGAUGAUGUUGGGUGUAUCUAGGGAACUAGACUCCAUUCAGUCUUUACAAACACAAGAGAGAAAGCUUACACCCUUUAGCAUACCUGUGUGUACGCAUGCAUGGCAUUCCACAAGUUUUGAUUCUUUAAUGUCUAUUUUCUAGGAAGCUUCACUGUAGCCCUUAUGUUCUUUCAUCUGUUCUAGCUGUUGUAGUUGCACUUUGUCGUGGUGCACGUAAAGAGCUUACAGACAGCAAUUUUAGCGAUAUGAAGUAAUACGUUGAGGCACAGUUUACAGAAUCGAAUAAUCAUAAAUGACUUCUGAAGCUUACCUAGUCCACCUCCUGCUAGCAGCAUAUCUAAUUACAUCAGGUUGUAGUUGUAUCCUGAACACCUCCAAACAUAAAAGAAGCUCUCUGGGCAAUAUUUUCCAGUAUUUGACCACCCUCAUGGUGAUUUUUUUUCCUAACAUUUGAUUUAAAUUUUCCAUGUUUCAACUUGUGUUGGUUGCCAAUUACUUUAUCCAAAAUGACUCUGACUUUUUGUGUGUGUCUGAACUGGGUUAAGUGAUCCUUAACUCUUCUACUGCUUCGCUCCCAUAGACUCUGCUCAUAGACCUGGGAGACCAGGGAAGCCAAUGGACAAGAGUCAGUGAAAACUGAGGCAAAAAAGGUGUCAGUGUGUUUGUAAAUCCUUUUCCUGUUGACUUUCACAUCACUUGCUAGUUUCAUCUUCAGCUUUGCAAACUCUGCAUGCAGGCAGUUUCACUGUGUUCCGUCCAAUAGCCUGUUACUGCUUGCAGCUUCUGGGUCCUUCUUAUAUUUGAACUCAGUCAGGAGCUCCAUGUUUUCCCACACUGUCCUGCCUUGUUUGCUCAACUUCCUGCACUUAGGAAAGGAUAUGUAUUUUGGGGUAGUUAUCUAGGUUCUAAAGCUCUCUGAAGAUCACUUUCCUACUGUGUUUUUUUAAUUAUUAUUUUUUAUUAUUAUUUUUUAUUCUUUAAUGGAAAUCACAACAAAGCUAGAAACCAUUACUACAUUUCACCCACAAGAACUCUACUUUUCUAGGAAUUCAUUGCCCCCCUCCUGGAGAAAAAUCUGUCUGUGCAUAGUGUACACUAAGACUUUGACUAAAAAACCUCCAAGCUCACUCCAGUGCAAUUAUUUGUUGCAAAAGCUGGUGAGGUCAUCCUGGUUGCUGAACUACAGACCUACAGCAUGCAAUAACAUUAUUUUCCUUUGUUAAGUCAGUUUUCUGCAAUGAGUCUCUAAUUCAUAGGGAAAUACAUAUGAACGCUUCCUAUCAUAAUAGUGAACUGAAUGUGUAUGCUGGGAAUUAAACAGGAGAAUAGGACUGUUCUUUUCAAAUUUUAAAAUAAAUCCUUACAAUUUCUUCAUAUAAUUGUAUUUCUUCCCUACUUCCAGAUUUGAAAGAUGACUAAAAACUAAUGGGACAAUGGCAAAAAUAUAAACCUAUGGCAUAAAAAAAAUUAGCUUAUAGCUUUUCCAAAUCAAACUCUUCAAAUAAGUACUAAAAUUGCACUGUGGUGAUUUUAUUCUUAAUAUCUGCCUAGAUUAGAAAUUAAUUAGAAUUAAGGAAAGGUUCAGCUGCAUAGUCCUUAGCAAUGACAGUGGCACUUUUUUUGUUUGCUAGUGUUUCAAUUUCCCUUAAAAUCAACUGAGAGAGAUCACAGAAUUAAAAACAUCCUGCUGUAUUUGAAUGUCUCCACAACUGUGGAUUCAACAAUCGCUCUGGGUGACUUCCUCCAACAUUAAACAACCAUCACAGUAAAGAAGUGUUUUCCAUAUGCUAGAGAUCCAUUUUUUGAAGUCCUCUGGAAAGAGUUCCAGUGUAUUGGUCCCUUCAUUGAUUACACAGCAAAAAGGAGAAAUAUUAGUGCCUUCACUUGCUCACCAUUCUUUUUGUGAGUAUAAGUUUAGAUUUUAUAAAAAAAAUGAUAAUAGUGGUGGAGGUAUGUGAUCUGUGUUGGCACAAUGGCUUACAGUUUUCAGAGUCUAAAACACUGUAUCAGGAAGGAGGGAUUUAGGUCAGUUUCAAGUAAAGAGUUCAAAGCAAAUCACUGUAAGUAGCAGUGGCUAUAAGCUCUCUGGUAGUUUUUUAGAAUAUGGGCACUCAACAGUUGUGACUGUAGGAAUCAGGGGAUGCAGAAACUAUGUAUGAAGGACACUGACUCAUGGGAGGAAUGGAAGGCUUGCUACUUGGAUUAUAAGUGAAGGUGACUGCAGAUAGACUCUGGGCAGAUAAGAGAGACAAAUGUAAGAGACACUAGGUAUCCUUCAGUACACCUUAAUGCUCUGUUUCACAUGUUCUUUUUCCAAGCUUCUGACACUUGGGUUCCUGAUGACAUUGUAAUGCUGGACUUUCCCAUCAGGAAUAAAGGUUUUUUUUUUUUUUUUUUUCCAGUAAGAAAUCAGGCUGGUAGAUAAGGAUAUUGUUCUUCUGCACUUACGACUGAAGACUGCCUAGAAUGUUGAUGUCCCACUUCAUGGCUGACUCCUCUAAUCAUUGGUCUGUUAGGCAGAAGAUGCCACCAUGAUCGUCUAUGUCAUGACAAAAAAAGCUUGAAUUAAUCUCUUAAAAGAUGAUAGGAAACACUAUUAUCUGAGUUGACAGCCAGAUCCAUAGCUGGAUUUUGAGAAAAACAGUUCUAAACUACAAUAGGUGAUUUAACUCCCAGUGGUAUACAGAAUUGGGUUUUGUAAAACACUGUCUUAAACCAAAGGCUCAGAGAGUAAACUCAAAUUACGUGUUUCUGCUCUAUAAAGAAAACGUAUAAUUGGCUUUUGAUGGUAAGAUGAGUUUUACCAGUUCAUGUCAUGACUGAAGGAGAGAUUUACAUACUCAGAACAUUCUAGUAUGUAACAUUCCCAUGCUGGUAGCUGAAAUGCCAUGCGAGAAAGCUGACACAUGGGUGAGAAGGAUCGUUGCAGAAUUCCCAUAGAUGAAAAAUAUUAAAGAGGAAAUAUGUAAAGAUGUUGGGAGAAUAAAAGAGAUGUCUGUGUUAGAAGAACACUGCCAGUCUUCCCUGAAUAUAGAUGCUUUUGAGACUUGAAGAGAUUCCAGCGCAUAAAGGAGAAAGUGCGGACUUUCACUACUUCUACAGACAUUUAGUAAAUAACUGUUCUGAGGCUUUGCACCUCUUUAAUGGCCCAGACAGAUUGUUUCCAGCUCCACUGAUGUAAAUGAGAGUGACCUGAUGAAAAAGGAAAGAAUGCAUGCUGCCUGUGAAGAUUUUGCUACUCUGAAUUGAGACAUGAGAAUGGUGAGAAAAGUAGUCUAGCUAACAUAGAACACUUUGAAGUGAUUUCUGAGAAAUUAAACUAAUUUUCUAUUGGCGCUGAAGUUUUUGAUACUCAAAAAUGAAACACAGACUGAGACAAUUGCAUUUUGAAAGAUAGAUAACACCUGCUUUGGGCUUGGUAAAUGCUGCAAAAUGGACUAAGGGCAUAAAAUUUCGAAGGUUCGAUAACAUCCUCUAGGCAGAAUUAAUAGCACCCAUUGCUGAAAGCAUUCCCCACUUGCAGACAAAGCAAAUAUUUCUACCCUCAUUUUUGAUUCGUUUGUAAACUACAGAGAAGACUCCAAUAAAACACAAAGGAAGAAGCUGUGUUGUAAGGAAGAAAAUUGAAGAGAAUACAACUUUCAGUGCCUUUGCUUGAUGGCUUGUAGCUCUGUGCUUAAAAGAAGACUUUAAGGAGAAAGUUGCCAAAGAUGCCCACAGCAGGCCUAGCACUAUUAUUGGCCAGUGAGCGUUGGCCUCAGCUUCAUGGAGAAGUUGGAAGCAGGCUCAGGGUGGAAGAGCAGUGGUGCCCAAGUGAGGCUCCAGGGCUGCAGUCCUGGCCAAGUCCAGACAGCUCUGUUCCUGCCUCUGGCAAGGGUAGUGUUGCCGGCAGGUCGAAGGAGGCAAACCUUCCUGCCCGCUCCAUGGCCAGCAGCAGGCACCUCACUGCACUGCCUGCAACAGCCGCCAUCUUGCUUGGGUGCCGAGGGCCCACGCCCUCACCCCUCUGUGUGGUAGUGACUACCUCACAGAGCGUGUCGCAAAGCGGCCAUUGUGACAUAAGCAGCCAGGAGCAGGUUAGGCCAGGCCAAGCUCAGACCGUGGGUCAGUGCGACCUGGUGAGGUGAGCAGAGAGGGCAGGGAGCCAGGGGCUGCCUGGGGCUGCUCAGUGAGGAGGGGUCCCCACGCCCUGGGGGCCUGAGCUGCUAACUCAACUCUCGUCCUGCUUCUCCCUCAGAGUCGGCAGAGGAGAGUGUGCAGGAGAAAGCCCAGCGCUGACUGGGCAGGGACUCCAAGCGCUCAGCGUCGACGUGUACCAUGUCCAAAAGGAAGGAGAAGACCUCCCACUCGGAGGAGCAAGGUGAGAGCAAAGUAUCCCUGCGUGCAGCUCCCUGCCGGGCAGAGGGGUACUGCGGGGUCUGCCUGUGUCUGAGAGGGGAGGCGGGGGCAGGCAGGGGCUCCCCAGACACUGCUGGGCAUGGCCCCUCUGCUCCUCAGCCAGCUUGGCCUGCGCGUGCCUGCCGUGACUGUUGGGCCUACCGUGGCCCUUGUCCCCCUCGCAUCUUCCAGCCCUGCCCCUCAUCCAGCAUGGCAGGCACAGUGCAGGCCCCAGGCAACAGUCCUCGGGGACACUCGGUACUCACUGCUGCUUCUAUCGGCUCUCUCCUCUUCAGUAUGCAUGCUGUGUCGCCGAGCAGACGUUCACCCGGACAUCUGCGGGCCCACCCUCAGCGAGAGCGGGCUUUGCGUCCACAAGUUUUGCUUGUUUUUUGCCAACGGCCUGUAUGAACACACUGCCCUCCAGAGGGCAGUUCUCAAGUUCCCCCUUGAUGCCAUCAGAUGCACAAUCGCGGAGGCAGAGCAGAAGCACUGCUUCGUUUGUGGAGAGAAGGGGGCCUCCAUCUGCUGCGCAGAGACAGGCUGUGAGCGUAGCUUUCAUCUGCCCUGUGCCACGGAUGGCGAAUGCGUCACGCACUUCUUUGGGAGGCACAGGUCCUUCUGCUGUGAGCACCGCCCUCAGCAGAUAGUGGAGGCAGAUCCAGAGCCUGACACAGCCUGCAUCAUCUGCCUGGAGCCCGUGGGGGACAAAAAGUCCUACCACACCAUGGUGUGCCCAGUGUGCAUACAGGCCUGGUUCCACCGGAGCUGCAUCCAGGUAGGAGCCCUCCCCUUGCUCUGCAGUCACCGCAGGUGCUCAGCGGCACCAGGCCCCGCUCACACUCUGGCUGCUUGUGUGUUACUGCCGCAGGGACAGGCCAUGAGCGCUGGCAUUCUGCGCUUCCAAUGUCCCGUCUGCAGAGACAGGAUGCAGUUCCGGACGCAAAUGCACAUCCUCGGGAUCCAAAUCCCAGCCAGAAGACCAACAUGGGAGGACAAGGAGUCCUAUGAAAAGCUGUACGAGAUGCACGGGCUCUGUGAUGUCAGCGAGUGCCUGUACACAGAAGGCAGGGAGCAAGCAGAGGAAGAGGGGCCCUGGGAGCUGCUCGUUUGCACCUCUUGUGCUGUGCAAGGCACCCACCGGCACUGCUCCUCCUUGAGCGAGAGCAUAACAAGCUGGGAGUGUGACAUCUGUGCUGACGUGGGCACAGGUAAGAGGCAAACAGCCGUGUACUGCUGGCUUGGGGCCAGGCAAGGCCUGGCAGCGGGUCCUCCGAGCGGCUUUGCCAGAGUUCCUCUGCCCCUGGACGGAUGGGAACCUCGCCCACCACGGGGCUGCCGGGUCAUCCGGCUGACCUUCCUGCCUCUCCUUACAGCCUCCAGUGACGAGCCGCAGCUUGCUGGUCCCAGCACUGCCAGCCAGGAGGCAGAGGGGCCAUCUCCUAGCUCCCCAGAACCUGGCAACCACAGAUCCGACUCCACUAGCAAGGCAGCAUCGGAGUCACCCUGUGGUUCUCAGCUGCCUAAGCGCAGCAGCCUGUCCAGCCAGCCCAGGACAGGACAGAGCAAGAGCCGCGGACAUACAUCUAAGCAGCACCAAGGACACCAAGGGAGCAGCCCUACACCAGCUCCAGGUGCUGAGAGCAGCCCCCGCGGAUCCACCAGCAAGCGGGAAGUGGGGUCCUCCAGAAAUUGCCCAGCGGCUGAACGCAGAAGGCAAUCCGGGCAGCAGGACACAGGCCGGACAAGAAGCCGCUCUCCGCUGAAGGAUCGUGCCUCCAAUUCCCCGAGCCAGCUCAGAAGAAAUCCUGGCAGCAGACGUAGUGCAGCCUCAGCUACUGUGAGCGGCAGACGUACUGCGGCCUCAGCUACUGCCAGCGGCAGACGUACUCCAGCCCCAGGUGCUGAGAGCAGCACGCACACCUCUGGCAGCCGGAGGGCAUCCAGGAAUUCCCCAGGGGCUGGAAGCAUAAGAUGCCACAAAGAGCAAGGCACAAGCCGGAGACAGAGCCAAUCCUCCCUCCAAGGUCCGGCAUCAAAUUCCUCGAGCCAGCCCCGAGGACGCCGUGGCAGCAGGCUUAGUGCUGAGAGCGGCUCCCAGAGCUCUGGCAGACAGGUGACAUCCAGGUCCUCCAGGGAUUCCGCGCUGCCUGAACACAGAAGGCAUUCCCAGAACCAGGAACGAAGCCGUUCCCCGCGGGAUCGUCGGGCUUCCAAUUCCCCAAGACAGUCUGGAGGAAGCCAGAGCCGCAGUCCCAGGCAGCGGCGGCCAUCUCAGGCACGACGCCACUCCCAGAACCAGCCCUGAAGACACCGCAGGAGCAGCCAUGUACCACAGCCACGUGACGGCUCCUGUCCCCAGCAGCCAACCCAAUAGACUUGUCACGGACUUCUCUCUAGAUCCGCGUCCGUGACAGGGGGCAGCAGGCCUGGGAAAAAAGACAAAAAAUACAGAGAGACAGAGGGAAGAAAGAAAAGUGUUAACGGAUUACGGGCCGGUCCGGCGCAGCCCCGUGACU